CUCUAUCUCCCUCCUUUGGAAAGAAAAGCAAAGAAAGCAAAAACUCUACCUUUGAAACUCAAAAGCAAGUUUUCCGUCUGCUGAAAAAUGGCAAGCCCAAAGCAAACUGAUGCAGGCACCGGAGAUUCGAAAUUUCCUGCUGCUAAUGUGGAUUUAGAAUUGAAUCCAGGCAAGAACAAGAAUUUUGAAGAAGACAGUGGGCCAUCUCUAGUAGCUACCUCCAAGGAGAUUAAGGAACAAAUAGAGGCUGAAGAUAAGAAGAAAAAGGACCAGGAGAAGAAAGAUGCAAUCCAGACUCUCAAGAAAAGCGUUAUAGUCUCGGCGGUGAUCGUGGCUCUGGCAGGGGCAAUUUUUGCUAUAACCAAGAAAUUGAGAGAGAAAUGAACUCAGCAGCCAGACAAUAGAAGCAAUGCCAAAUUUUGCAUCCCCCUCCCCCAUUUGCUUCUGUUGUUUUUAAGUUUUUCCUUCUCCUUUUGUAAUGUCAUGCAUGCCCAUAUGGAAAUACUGCUGCUGAUGAAUUUGAAGUAGAUUUUGGUGAACAAUGCCCUCUUCUCUGUCAACGAUACAUGUAUGAAUUCUGUAAGGAAACAUGUAAUCUAAUACAAUGUUCCUUUUCUUGCGUUUCUAAGAUUGAAUAAAAUUCAGUUUCCUCUA